GGUGGGGGGUGCCGGGGUCAGAGCGGGCCGUGGCGGGUGGUGCGUGUGCGGCGGGCCCUGCUGCCGGCCUCCCUCCUCCUCCCGCCGCCCUCCGCAGGCCGUGCCGACCCCGCCGGCGAUGGGGGCACGGGGCUGAGCUUCUCGGCCGGGGACGUCUUUUGCGACGCAGGUAUUUUGUAUGCAUGGUGCAGAAAAAAUGAAUUCUACUAUGAGUGAGGAGCCUGAUGCACUAUCUGUAGUUAACCAACUCCGAGAUCUCGCAGCUGACCCACUGAACAGACGGGCCAUUGUUCAGGAUCAAGGAUGCCUACCAGGUCUUAUUCUGUUUUUGGACCAUCCCAACCCUCCAGUUGUUCAUUCAGCUUUACUAAUCUCAGAUCACAUAAAUGUUUGUUGGAAGGGGCUUCUGGGAGUCAUUCACUUCAGCUUCCUGCUUGAAUUGGCACUGUCACCAACACUCAAUCAGGCUCUCCGCUAUUUGGCAGAGUGCCGUGCCAACAGAGAAAAGAUGAAAAGUGAAUUGGGUAUGAUGCUCAGCUUACAGAAUGUAAUACAAAAGACCACUACACCGGGAGAGACUAAACUUUUAGCUUCUGAAGUCUAUGAUAUCCUUCAGUCUUCCAACAUGUCAGACAUGGACAAUGUGAAUGAGAUGAAUUAUCGUCGACGGAAAGCACAGUUUUUCCUUGGCAGCACAAAUAAACGUGCCAAGACAGUGGUUUUGCAUAUAGAUGGCCUUGAUGAUUCGUCUCGAAGGAAUCUUUGUGAAGAAGCCUUGUUGAAAAUUAAAGGUGUUAUUAGUUUUACCUUUCAAAUGGCUGUUCAAAGGUGCGUGGUCCGAAUUCGCUCAGACUUAAAAGCAGAGGCAUUGGCAACGGCAAUAGCGUCAACGAAAGUUAUGAAGGCACAGCAAGUUGUGAAAAGUGAAAGUGGUGAGGAGAUGCUGGUUCCAUUCCAAGAUACUCCAGUGGAAGUAGAGCAGAAUACAGAUCUACCUGAAUAUUUACCAGAAGAUGAAAGCCCUACUAAGGAACAGGACAAAGCAGUGUCUCGUGUUGGGUCACACCCAGAAGGUGCAGCAAGCUGGCUCAGCACAGCAGCAAACUUUCUAUCGAGAUCUUUCUACUGGUGACUUGUAUUUGGUGUUAAAAGACUGUGUGAAUGAACCAACAGGGGGCCAGUUUUCCAUUGGUGUGGUGAACUGCCAAGUGCAAUUUGCAAUAAAUCAUCACAAAAAUUUUAGAUUAAGCAAAUGUAUGCUGCAUUUUACAUUUUAUUGGACAUUUAGCCUGAUAGGGCAGGGGUCAAAGGACAGAGGCCUCCAAUCAAAUUGUUCUUUCAUUUGUUUUUCGUGUAGAUUUUAUUGCUUCACUUUUUAAAAAUGGGUCCACUGUUGUAUACCAAAUGUUUAUGCGUAUAGAGCUUUAAGUUUGACUUCACGUGAAACACAUGAUAGGGAGAAUCCAUUUAACUCAAGUCUCAGGGCCUCUGUGAAAGAAAAUUCUUAAUAGCUCUAGCUGUGCAUUAAAUAAAAUGUCCUUUUUAUUUCUGCAUCCCUUUGGACUAACGUUACUUUGUUUCAUUUUCUAGAUUUUGACUCCAGAGAAAAAUACAGUCUGCCUCUUUUUUUGCCUUUUUUUUUUUUUUUUGCCAACCGUGUUCACAGCAUGAGCAUGAUGUUCCCCUUUUGCUAUUAAACUAGACUCACUACAGACUUGAAAUUUAUAACCCCUUUAUGUAUAUUGAAUUUUUUUCCAGCCUGCCCUUAACCAUUGGAGUGCUUGAGAUUAAGAAAUAAGGGAUUGAAUAAACACAAAUAUGUAUACAUACAUUGUACAGUAAAUAAACUAGAACAUAUUUGUAAUGAUGGGUGUGACUGACUGAUGUAUAUAACUAAUACAUACCACUGACUGCUGUUUAGGCUAGCUGGGAAGACU